UUAAAAAAAAAAAAAAGUAUAAGCUUAUGUAUUCUUCGAAUUUAGGUAAGGUUACGUCAAAUCGAGUGAAGAGCACAAGGCAUUUGCGAUAACACAAAAUAUGCAAAUACGCACACACAACACAGCUGUAGCGAAGAAACGUCAAAUCAAAAAUGUCGAACAUUAUAUUUAACAAAAAAGGUUCAGGGACGCGAUAGACGUUCGGUGUUUCGAUAAAAAUUGCUUACUCGCUGCCAAUCGUGAUACGCAAUUUCAUCAACGCGUUCAAUCUCAUCUACCGAAAAAUGAACGUCGAGGAAAACAGGUUAAGAACAUUUUCGGACUGGCCAUCGAACGCGGCGGUCGACUGCAGCCGCAUUGCCAGGGCCGGAUUUUACUACACAGGUCGGAGCCUUGAGGUUCAAUGUUUUUUAUGCGGUGGCAAGAUCACCGAAUGGAAUUAUGGGGACCAGGUGAUGGCUCGCCACCGUCAGCUCGAUCCGAAUUGUCCCUUUGUUCUGAACCCGUCGAGUACUUGCAACGUGCCAUUAGUCUCGUCUCCGAAUCCUCUAUCCUCGGCUUCAUCUUCGCCGUCAUCGUCAUCAAUCUCUCGGCAACAGCAGAACAACCGUAACCCAACACCAGCCGUGUCCGCAGCCGUAAGAAGAAGCCAGGAACCAAGAGCAGAGUACAGAACCGAGGCUCAGAGAUUGAGAACGUUCAACAAUUGGCCUGUACCAAUGAUCGUGUCACCAGAAAGCCUUGCCAAAGCAGGAUUUUAUUACCUUCAAGAAGCCGACAUGGUGGAGUGCGCAUUUUGUCGUGGUGUUAUCAUGAAGUGGGAACCUGGAGACGAACCUGACAGAGAGCAUAGAAUUCACUUUCCGAGCUGUGAUUUCUACCUACAUAGAGAGAAUAACGAAUUAUUGUCUACAGAAAAGGUGGAGUUGGGUAAUGUGAAAUUGACUUCAGGGACAGAGUCAGACCUAACGGAGCUUGGAAUUCAAACGCACACCGCGCCUCGACAACCCAAACAUGCCACCUAUGAAGGUAGAUUACGAACAUAUCAAGGAUGGCCUGAGAGCUUGAGACAAACCCCGGAAAUGUUGGCUGACGCAGGCUUCUAUUACGUCGGGGUUGAGGACCAAGUCAGGUGUUUUUACUGCGAUGGAGGAUUGCGUAAUUGGGAAGCAACGGAUGACGCAUGGACUGAGCAUGCCAAAUGGUUUCCAAAAUGUGGAUUCGUUGCUCUAGUUAGAGGACAAGAGUUUAUCAAACAUUGUAUAGACAAUCGACCGCCUCUAGAUCCUUCGAUAUUUGCUGGAGUGGCAGACAAUGGAUCUGGUGAUGUAACAGAAACUCAUCUACCCUCGCUAUCAACUGUUGCCCCACCAAACAUACGUAGUGUCACUGAAGCUGAGAUUGAAGAGUUACUCAACACAGCUCCUGCAUUGGCCGCAUUGGAAAUUGGAUUACACGUCGGAAGAGUCAAAGCAGCGCUUAGACAAAGAAUUGAACAAACGGGUAUCCCAUUCACAAACGCCGAUCAGCUUAUCGAAGAUGCACUUCAUGUGCAGUUCAGAGAAGAUGAGGGCAGGUCUGACAAUCACACUCCAGAGUCCCCGUCAGCAGAAUUGACUAAUCUAUUAAACCAAGUCAUAGCAUCGAGAACAUUGAAUGAUUCGGAUAGCCAUGAGGAGCAAUUUAACGAAGAGCAUAGAGUGCAAAAAAAUAUGGCACAAGGUGUUGACCUCAAUGGAGAUAGAGUCACGAAUUCCAAAUGCACGGAAACAGUGGAGGGAAACGGGAGACCUGUGGAAAUGAAAAAACGUGAAUCUAGCGAAAAUUGUACAGUUUCCCUGGAGGAAGAGAAUAGAAGACUAAAAGAAGCUCGAUUGUGUAAAAUCUGUAUGGACAGAGAGGUAGCAGUAGUUUUUCUACCGUGUGGACAUUUGUCAACGUGUGUUCAUUGUGCCCCAUCUUUGAAACAUUGUCCAAUGUGUCGUCAAGAAAUUCGAGCUACAGUCCGGACAUUUUUAGCAUAUUCAUGUAACAACGAUAAAGAUUUCUUUAUCGUACACUUUUUCCUCACUACACUCUACGCACUUAACUGCCUUGAAAUGACUGACUGCUAUCAGUCUCGUUAUGGUGGAUACUCUGCGAUGAAUACGCCGAUGUUCGGAGACUCGUUACCUUAUAUUCAACCACCUCCGCCGCCAACACACUGUGAACAUCCCGACGAAACAGACGACCACAAUGAUUUCCGGUUCGAAGCUGUGCGAAGAAGAAGCUUCGCAAAUUGGCCGCUCAGGUUUAUGGAUCCGAAGAGAUUGGCGGAGGCCGGAUUUUACUAUUUGAACGAAGGUGACAAAGUAAGGUGUUUCGAAUGCAAAAUUGAAAUUUGCAAGUGGGUCGAAGGUGACGAUCCUCAAUUCGAACACCAGAGAUGGUCCGAAAGAUGCAGAUUUGUCAGGAGAUUACCGUGCGGUAAUGUACCUUAUGGCGCUGACGGUGCAAACAUUCCUCCUGUGCCACGAACCAGAGACGUCUGCGGCCCCUAUGGAUUUAACGUCGAAUCAGACAAUGGACCGGACCUCAGCUCAUCCCCACCAAACCUUCAGAACACCGUCAGUACUGCGACUCUCGGGAGCUGGGGUAUCGGUGUACCCAAGGAGCCCAAACAUCCACAUUACGCCAGCCGCGACGCAAGACUAAGAACCUUCAACUCUUGGCCAAAAUCUAUGAGACAGACGAAAGAGGAAUUAGCUGAUGCAGGAUUCUUCUACACCGGCAAAGGAGAUCAAACACUCUGCUACUACUGCGGGGGUGGUCUUAAAGAUUGGGAGCCAACCGACAAUCCGUGGGAACAACACGCCCACUGGUUUUCCAAGUGCUUUUAUCUAUUCAUGGUAAAAGGACAAGCUUUCAUUGACGAAGUUAAAGGUCUCACCAGGGAACAGCCUUCGGCCGAGGAGACACAGAACUUGACUCUACCGAAUUGCAUAAAGAAGGUAGAACGGCCUGCAGAAUCUGAGCCUGAAGAACAUUGUGCGAUUGCUGAGACUAGUGAAUCUGGAGCAAGUUGUAGCAAAAGUGGUUCAUUAGAAGAGGGGCCGCAUAAAAGCGAGGAUUGUUUGCAUCAAAACCUAGAGAACGAUGAGAAGAGAAUGGAUGAUGGAAGACUUUGUAAAAUCUGCUACACGGAAGAACUGGGAGUUGUAUUUUUACCUUGUGGACACAUGGUAGCUUGUGUCAAGUGCGCGCCAAGUUUGACAACUUGUGCGGUAUGCCGGAAACCUUUCACAAUGACUGUGCGGGCUUAUAUUUCAUAGCUUUCCAUCACGAAAGGAACUAUAAAUUCGAUAAAAUGCCAGAAUAAUGUCUAGCAUUGUAAUAGAUUAGCCAAGCCAUGACUCUUGGCAUAUCACUGAAAUAGAGGCACAGUUCAUCAAAGUUUAAAAAUAUUUUGUGAUUUAUUUUCUUUAGUUGCCAGCUGUUCUUAUAGUCAAUCAAGAUCCCGAGAGCUGGAAGUUCAGAUUUAUCAGUCUCGCUUCACAACAUUAGACAUGGCAUCUUUUAUGUUUCGUUUCUUUUACAUUUUUUUUCCUUCAAAAAAAAUUUUUUUUUUCUCUGUUAUUCAUAGAUUCGGUUUUAUUUUUCUUUUUUUUCCUUUGGCUUUUAAAAUUUUAUGAAUUUCAUGUAUUUCGUAUCUAAGGACUGAAAAAAUUUUCGUAUCACAUAUUACAUAAUUGUGCCUCUGGCUAAAAGUUACAACUGCUUGCGAGAACACUAACAUGUUUAAAAAAUCAGUAACAAUAGAAUUCUUGCUACACCUUUAUACUAAUCGAUCCUUAAUACAAUGCCCAUGGCUUAUGUUAUUCAUCCUGCACAUCACAUUAUUUCGUUAAUGAGAUUUCUGUGGCAUUUAUGUGUGAUUCGAAAAAUCAAGGGAAGAGGACAAAGUAAGAUGAACAAUAUAAAUUUUUUUUUUUUUUUUUUUAACAAAAUUUUAGUGUUUUCACUUUAACAAUUUGAGGGGCGGCGGUACAUAUA